UUCUGCAGUGGAACAACAGCCACAAGCUGCAGAAAUUCCAAAGCCAUCGGUUUUAGCUCUACAGUAUUUGGAUGAAUUAGUUCCAGAGGAAAAUUUCAGGUAUGUCAUGUUUGAUGAUAACCUAGUGACAGUGUCAGAUACUGGCAAAGAGUUGGGGGAGUUUACUGUCAACAUUGAGGCUACUCGUUAUAAGGGUCUGGAGUGUUUCUUGAUUCAUGCCAACAGUCAUGGAGCUGUGGAUGGUGUACCCUGCGGGACAUCAAUUGUUUGCUAUGUUUCAAAAUGUUUAGAAACACUAGAGCAGCAACAUCAUGAAUAUGUCAAGCUGGAUAAUUGUCCUUUGGACCGCAAAACCUUUCUGGUGAGGACAGGUGAUGGUUACACAGUUAACCGAAUCAUCACACAGGGCAAGGAUGUGCAGAGAACAACCAAAACCAUCCCUGUAGAUCAAAUGAGGGGCUUCAUUUCUGAAGGCUCCAAUCUCCUUUUACAUCGACUACUGAUAGAAAAACCAAUUGAUGAUUCUCUUCAGUUUAUAUCCUUUGAUUCUGAUGCAAAUCUCUGUCCAGUGACCUACAAAAGACUACAUGAGCGAACACAAACAGUGGAGGAUGUAGAACUAAGGGUUUAUGGCAUAGAAAGAACGAUUAUUUCAACAUCUGAUCUUCCAACCACUUGGCAGUCUUACUUCAUGCAUGAUGGCCAUUUGACAAACCGUGUUCAGAUCGGAUCUCCUGUUACAAUGAAGCUGGCGAAAGUACCUGUACAAAUUGAGAGAGAGGAAGAAGUUCCCAAGCAUGUCUUUGAGAAGAAACCAUUGAACUGGGAGGAAGAUUUGCAACUUCAUUCCAGAUUUUUAGACAGGAAGGAGGAAAUUAAAAGUGACCAUGCCACAUACAUGCGCCACCAUCCAGAGCUGAGAGCCUUGCUUGCAGACUUCCUGCAGUUUUUGCUGUUGAGAAAACCAGAAGAUGUCAUUUCCUUUGCUGCUGAAUACUUUUCUGCAUUCUCGACCUCCAUGCCUGAUGUCUCUCCAUACCUGGCUUCCAAUGCACCAACUCACUUCCCAGCAAGCCACACAAACCCACGCAUUGAUGAACUGAGAGCACCCACAAGAUAG